UUUGGGUUGUGAGAGACAAAUGACUGCGUUUUGAGUCUCUCUCUCUCUCUUCUGCAAACACCAUAACCAUCUCUUCCUCUGCACUCAAUCCCUUCUCCCCUUUCUUGUUUUUUCCAUUCAAAAAUAUUUAUUCGUAUGUGUCCUCUCUGUUCAAAUCUUUUUCUUCGUCUGCUGGAGCUGCCUUUCCCUUUUCUUUUUUUUUUUUUUUCUUGAAUUUUUAUUUUAUUCAUAAUUUCCCUUUCCUCCUCCCUACAACAUAGUUUAUAUAUAUAAUAUAUAUUAAACAAACAAACCCAUAAAGAGUUUUUAAUCAUCUAAAAUAUUGUUUUUUUUUUUAAAUCAUAUUUCCUUGGUUUUCUGUUUUCUUUCCUUUUGAUAUUGUUGGCAUGGCCGGUUUGGAUUUAGGUACUACUUCUCGUUACGUUCACCAGCUCCACCACAGACCUGACCUCCACCUUCACCGCCAGCAUGACCCUGAAGACCACGAUCCCAAUUGCCAAGGAGGCGGCGGUGUUGCUGCUCAUUUCUCCGCUGACCACCAGCAGCAACAACAUGAAGACGCUUCCCACCAAGGCCUUGACCUUGUUGCAGCGGCUGCAAACUCAGGACCUGAGGACAUCGUCGCUCGCCGACCCAGAGGUCGCCCACCCGGUUCCAAGAAUAAACCUAAACCUCCGGUCAUCAUUACUCGGGAAAGCGCCAAUACGCUGCGAGCUCACCUUCUUGAAGUAGGAAGUGGAUGCGAUGUGUUUGAGUGCAUCGCUAACUACGCCAGCAGACGGCAGCGCGGGAUUUGUGUACUCAGCGGUGCUGGAACCGUAACUAAUGUUACCAUCAGGCAACCAGCUGCUGCGGGAGCUAUUGUGACUCUUCAUGGCAGAUUUGAGAUCUUAUCUUUGUCUGGAUCGUUCCUGCCCCCUCCAGCCCCACCUGGAGCAACUAGUCUAACAAUCUUCCUUGCUGGUGGGCAAGGGCAGGUGGUGGGAGGAAGCGUUGUGGGGGAGUUGACGGCAGCAGGGCCGGUGAUAGUCAUCGCAGCAUCGUUCACAAACGUGGCAUAUGAGAGGCUGCCUUUGGAAGAGGAUGAGCAACUGCAGAUGCAAAGCGGUGGUGGUAGUGGUGGAGGUGGAAGUGGCGAUGGAGGAGUUGGGAACAACCCAUUCCCUGAUGGGGCAGCAACAUCAGGUGGGCUACCCUUCUUUAAUUUGCCGCUGACUAUGCCGCCGAACGUCCAGUUGCCAGUGGAUGGAUGGACAGGGAAUUCAGGCAGUAGGGCUGCUUUCUGAGACAUCUUUGGGUUUGCUCUGAUGAUUUUGUGGGAAGUGAUCUAUGAGUUAUUAUGGACAGCCAAAUUUAUGGCUUUGGUUGGAUUUAAGCAGUUUAAAGUGGGCGAGAGAUCAUGGGCUCUUUGGAUCAUAAAGGUCAGAUUAAUUUCAUGGAUUUCUUGUUCUCGCCAUCAUCACCACCGCCAUGUUUCUUCUUCCUCUUCUUCUACAUCUUCCAUCUUCUGUGAUGUUUUUAGGUUUUUUCUUAUUCCUUUUGCUUAUGUCUUCUUCUUUCUAGUUUUUAGGCUUAUCUCUAUGUUCUUUUUUUUUUUUUGGGAAAUAUAUUGUCUUCUUCUUCACUGUGGAACUAAUCUCCUUUUUUUCUUUAUAAUUAAGAAAUGGUUUGAGGAUGUAUUAUUCACUAUA